UAUCGGCAAACACGUGCCUCCAACCAUUUGCCGGUUGGAAUCGGUUUUUGGUGAAAUUACUGCACAAACUCAGUAAGAAAUGGGAAAGAUAAAGGUAGAGAAAGUGGAAGAAGGCGAAGCGAUGGACGUUUCGGUGAAGGAGGAGGACAAUUACGAAGAUAAGCUGCGGAACGCGAACGCGAUCUCCCAACCGAUGGCGUCGAAGAAGCUAACCAAAAAAAUUCACAAACUCAUCGAGAAAGCAUCGAAACAGAAAAAGUUCCUCCGUAACGGGCUGAAGGACGUUCAGGUUCACCUUCGCAAGGGAGAAACGGGAUUGGUUAUCUUUGCGGCGGAUGUAACGCCGGUCGAAAUCAUGUGCCACCUGCCGGCCGUAUGCGAGGAGAAGAGUAUUCCCUACUGCUACACACCGAGCCGGAAAGACCUCGGCAAGGCGAUGGGAGUGAAGCGUGGCACGGUGGCGAUGAUGAUCCGCGAACAUCCCGACUAUCAAGAGCUGUACGAUAAGCUAAAGACGGAACUGUCGACGCUUCCGGUGCCGUCGUAAACGUUAGAGAGGAAUUUUGAAUCAUUUCAUUUCCGGGCCUUUUUUUGCCCUAGGAAUAUUACGUUUACGUUUGUAUUUUUAAAAUACUUAAGUCUCUAUCGCACGGGAGAAAGGCCCUUCAUCGUUGGGCUGGAAACAUCAUUAGAAUUACCAGAUCCCAGAAUGGGACUAGAAAACCACG